UAUUGAUGUUUAUAAUAUUGACUUACUGCUUUGUUUGGGAUGGCGAACACUCCAAACUGUCGUCCGCUUCUCAACUCUGAUUUGAAAAUGAUUGGCCAGUGAGGGAACAGUUCGGUGACGUCACACCACUUUACUCGCUGUCAAUUCGCUGUCGGAAGAAGAAGUGGGCGGGACUUCCCCGCCUAAAAGCAGUCAUUGGCUGACGCCAUGGAAACGACGCGGAAGUGUGGCGUUACAAGCUCGGCCAACAUGCUAUAUACUAGCACAAUGUAUGCUCAUUCUUUUUAACAUGAACGCCUUCCAAGUGUUCUAAAACAAAUGUACAUUUAAUGCUUAAAAGCAACCAUACUUCCAGUUACCUUGUUCUUGUCGUCGCGCAGUCAGUCAAAGUUAGCUGCUUCGCUAAUGCUUCUCCGACGCCGCUGAUGAAAUGAUAAAAGCUAAAAUACUCCUAAUUGGUCCAAACGAGAGUGGGAAAAGUGUCCUCGCAAACUUCCUCUCAGAUGCAACGGAAAAUGUGGGAGGAUACUGGAAUUUGAAUCCCAACUGGAAGGUAGCGGUGACAUGAAGUCAUGUGAGGUGGAGCUGUGGGACUGUUCCGGAGAUUUCAAAUUUGAGUCAUGCUGGCCUGCGCUCAUGAAGGACUGCAGCGGCGUGGUGGUCGUUUUUAAUCCCGAAAUUCCUAAUCAUAUCAAAGAAAUCGAGUCCUGGCACUCCAUGUUCAUCUCCUCUCAGGGGUUGCAGGAGAGCCAGUGUCUGCUUGUCGCUCACCACAAGCCUGGCGGUACAGCAGCAGAAGGUCGGCUGGCUUUAGCGUCACAGCUGAGCAGACUUCCACUUAUUCACUCUGACGUGGAGGAAGAACCGGAGGACGUGAGGAGAGCUUUCUGCAGCUAUUUGGGAAAAGUUGUAAAUACACUUUCGGAAAGCCGCGAGAGGGAGGAGAUGUCUAUCAUCACCUAGCAGCAUAUUCAAUCUAAUUCAGUGGUUCUUAACCUUGUUGGAGGUAGCCAACCCCACCACUUUCAUAUGCGCAUUCACCCAACCCUUCUUUAGUGAAAAAUUAAGUGUGUUUUUUUUUUAAAUUCAAGACAAAGUUAUAUGUUUUUGGUAACACUUUAGCAUGGGGAACAUAUUCUAAGGAACAAAGACUUAAUUUAGAGUUUUUUGGACACUAGGGGAACAUAUUCAAAAUAACAAAGACUUCAUUCAGAGUUAUUUGGUUAGGGUUAGAGUUAUAAUAAGGCCAUGCCGAAUAAGGCAUUACUAAGUACUUAUUAAUGACUAGUUAAGAGCCAAUAUGUUACUAAUUUGCAUGUUAAUAAGCAACUAAUUAAUGGUGAAUAUGUUCCCCAUACUAAAGUGUUACCAUGUUUUAUUACUGGUGCACAAAAUGAAGCGUGCAUGAACAUCACCUUGUUCAAAGAACAAAAGCAACAUAAACUCACAACAAAUGACACACCUGCAAAUCAGUCUGACUUCUGCUGUUGUCGUAUCCGUAAUACACCGAUAGGGAGAAGUUUUUAUUUACACGAUGAGUCGAGUGUGUCUUGAGCCCGACUCACCGAACCCCUAGGGUUCCAUCCAACCCAGGUUAAGAACCACUGAUCGAACCACUUUUUCCCUUUCAACUUUAACGAGCGUAAUUUAUUUCUUACCUGUCCAAAAACUGUUGUUUUAUGUUCAUUCACAGUUUAUAAGCCUUGCACAGAAAAAUACUAAGUAUAAAUAAAUGUUCAAGAUACAGGACUGUACCUGCUUUUAGAAAAAAAUUGUUUGUAUGAUUCACAGUAAAAUGUUACGUCUCUGCAGCAUGGUAGCGGUAGUUGUGACCCUAAGGUGCGGAGAUAGGAGACAACGUGCAGGUAAGAGUAUUUAAUGAUCACCAAAUCAACAAAAAUGAUUCCCGGGCGUGGCCACCGCUCCUGGCCACUGCUCCCCUCACCUCCCAGGGGGUGAUCAAGGGUGAUGGGUCAAAUGCAGAGAAUAAUGUCAUCACACUUAGUGUGUGUGUGUGACAAUCAUUGGUACUUUAACUUUAACUUUUUAAUGUUAAAAAAUAUAGUGCAGCAGGGACGUUCACGGAAAGCACAAGCAAGCUGUGCAUGUAAAGCAAAAUGAGCCGUAACAAAUACUAAGCAAUCAAUGAAAGCAUACCAACACAAGACAAACAAUGUUCCAUUAGCAAGAGGCAGGUGAUGCCGGCAUGUAAACCCUCUUGAUUAGCGAUCGGGGACAGGUGAGUACACUGACUGCCAAUCAAGACCAGGUGAGGGGAAACAGCAUUCAGAGACAGGUAUUAAGUCACUGCCAGGCAAAACACAAAACAGGAAGUGGAAAAUAAAAAAAUGAGUGCUAGACAGGAAGUAAAAUACCAAACAUGUGACAAUGGCAUGAUAUGUCAUGGCAUAGUCUUCACAAUACCUCCAUAAAGUACUUUAGUACCCAAACAAACAAGUAAACAUCCCCACAAGCAGUGUUGGGUUAGUUACUGAAAACCAAUAACUAGUUACGUUACUAGUUACUUUAUUUCAAAAGUAACUCAGUUACUAACUCAGUUACUUAAACCAAAAAGUAAUGCGUUACUGUGAAAAGUAACUAUUUAGUUACUUAUAUAUAUUUUUUAAUUUUUUUAAGGCCCCAUUUAAUGCCCUUUUAGCCUUAAUUUUAGUACUGUUAUUGC